AUGUAUUCAAAUGUAUCUACUCAAUUCGCUUCAGCACCAGUUCCGGUUUCUGAUAUAAAUGCAAGUGGUCAACAGCAAAAUCAUUAUAAUCUACUAAAUGCUAUUGGUACAACUGCACCGAACUUGCUAGCACCCGCACCAAUUAAAAUUCUGAAUAGUAAUAUAAAUACUAAUGGAAAUGAAUCAUCAUCUCAAAACAAUGAGUCGUCUCAAAACAAAAUUUUUAUCGAUAAUCUUUACAAACCUGUAUUACUUCGUGAAAAGAAUACCUAUCAAUUAUAUGAUAUACGAAAAACUCACAAGCGUUUAUCUGAUUCUAUACUAGCACACCAGCAGCAUUUAUCAAUACUAAGCAAUAUUCAUACAAAUUUACAACACUUACAAACUAAUUCUAAUUUUCAAAUUGAUCUUAAUAAUAAUAAUACAUUAACUCGGCAUGCCUCAUUACGUUUUAAAAAAACACCAUCAACAUUGCAAACAAUUCAUCAACAAUCUUCUUCCAUAGUUCAGCUUGAACCUCAAAAAUUGUUUGUCAUUCGUCACGGUGAAAGAGUUGAUUCAACGUUCGGUGCUAAUUGGCUUGAUCAAGUAUUUGAUAAAUCGACAGGUGUUUAUCGAAGAAUUAAUUUAAAUUUGCCAAAAAAAAUGGUUAAACGAAAAGAUUUAAAAGACUUUUUAUUUGAUCCACCAUUAACGGAAUUAGGUUUACACGAAUGUAAAAUAAUUGGAGAAGAACUUGCUGCUCAAGGUAUUAGAAUCGAUCAUGUGUAUUCGUCGCCUGCUUUACGAUGUGUACAAACAGCUGAUAAAAUUCUUGAAGGCCUUCAAAUGCGUGAUAAAAUAUCAAUCCGGAUUGAACCAUGUGUUUUUGAAUUUUUGAAAUGGUAUCCUAUCGUGCCUGUCAAAUGGCCAUUUCUUGAUUUAGAUGAAUUAAAUCAAAAUGGAUACAAUGUUGAUAAGUCUUAUAAGCCAUUCUAUCCAAUUGAAAGUCUUAGAAAAGAUGAAGACGAAUUAAUGUUUUAUACAAGAAGUCAUUAUAUAACAACAUCAAUUUUAAAAAAUCAUGAAAACGACGGAGGCAAUGUACUAAUUGUGGGACAUGCGCCGACAAUUGAGGUAUGCACACGACAAUUAACCGGUGGUCAACCACGGAUUAAUGAUUUAAAAUUUCUUGUAUUACGUGUUCCAUACUUAUCGAUGCACUGUGUUGCUAAGCAAAUUGAUGGAACAUGGAAAGCAGCCAAACCGCCGAUUUUACCUAACAAACAUGCAGCUAUUGAACCAUUUGAAUGGAGAUUUUUUCGAUGA